AUGGCGCCCACCAUGAUAUUCGAACUGGAGAAGUGGCAGUCAGUUUUAAUUUGUUUGCUUUUUGCAGUUAUUUAUGUCGGAAGUCUUUAUGUCUGGGUUGAUGAUAAGAACAAAAACAGGGAUCAUCCAGACACCAUAAAGCGUCGCUUCACCAGUGUAUCCAUCAUAUGUGUGAUAAUUCCAAUUCUUUUGCAAUGCUUUGGAACAUCUUCAGACUCGGAAAAUGCCCAUACCUUCCUAGAGUGGCUAGGAAUCCGUUUCAGUCGUAUUUUCCUAGCUGUCAUCCUGCCAUUAUUUCUUACUAUGGUUCUUUUCUUGGGACCCUUAACUCUUCACUAUGUAGAUGGUGUAUUUAGAAUAUAUUUAGAACCAAGAUAUUGGACCAACAGUUUGAAAAACCUAAUCUGGAUUAGAAACCAUAUAGUUGCUCCAAUAUCUGAGGAGAUGAUCUAUAGAGCUUGUAUGUUGCCUUUGUUAGUCCCAUGCUUUGGAAGUGGAAUGUCAGUGUUUUUAUGUCCACUUUUCUUUGGUGUAGCACAUUUUCAUCACAUGAUUGAGAAAGUUAUACAAGGUAGACAAGCUUUAUCAGAGGCAUUCAAACAAUCAUUGUUCCAGCUCUGUUACACAACAUUAUUUGGUGCUUACUCAGCAUUUCUAUUCCUGAGAACAGGACAUUUCAUUGCACCAGUGGUAGUACAUGCAUUCUGUAAUCACAUGGGUUUCCCAGCCUUUCGCGAGGUCAUGGCACACCCGAACACAGAGACCCGUCACAAACUCAUCGCCAGUUUUGUAAUAGGACUUGUUAUUUGGAUGGCUCUGCUAUACCCAAUUACCUCCCCUUUCAUCUACAGCAAUGACAUCUAUGAUUUGUAGUAGCAACAAUAUCAACACAUGGCAACCAUUUUGAAUUUAAAUAUUUAUUAUUUAUGAUGUUAGCAUGAAAAAUUAACUGUCAGAAUGAGAGAAUUGUGCCAGAUUUGAUUUGAAGAGAAGUGAAGCCAGGAACAAUAAGUCUAGAUUCUCAGGCAAAAAUUGUCAGCAUUGAAUGAUGCAAGCAGCCAUUAAUUCUUUAUGACUGAAGUGACUCAUGAUAACAACUUCUCAAAGAAUUUAAUUUUUUCUUCCCAAAUUCAAAUUAAGUACAAAUUAUGCUUUCUGUUUAAUCAAAGGCACUUCUAAUCACAAGUCAGUAAAAUAUCUAAAAUAUCUGAAUU